CCAGGGAGUAAGCGUGCGUCUCUGGGCCUUUAAACAUGCUUCAGCCUCAGGAAACUUUCUCGAACCCUGCCUUACGCGACGAAGACAAACAUUUGGGAAAUCUGUGGGCUUCUAAGAAAUCGCUGUAUAAGAACCCAGCUCACCUUGCGCAACAGCAGGAUCCCUGGAGUCGGCUCAGCUCAACCCCCACAGCCACGUCCAGAAGUCGAGACACCUUUUUUGAUUCUAAGAUACCAAAGGAUGACCUGGACUUCCGCUUAGCAACCUUGUAUAACCACCACACUGGGGCAUUCAAGAACAAAACUGAGAUAUUGUUACACCAGGAGACCAUUGAGGAUAUCCAGGGAACCAAGAUCCAGUUUCCUGGAGAAUGUUUCCACGCUCCUUCAGCCCCCAUUACUUCCCGGACCACCAUCAGGCACUGGAUCAACCCUAAGAAAGAGUCCAUCCAUAGCAUUCAGGGAUCCAUAGUGUCUCCUCACACUGCGGCCACCAAUGGAGGUUACUCCCGGAAAAAUGAUGGUGGCUUCUUCUCCACCUAGUGGUGACAACCAGGCUAAUUUCAACAUGGUGGAACAUCCAGCCACCCAUC